AUAUACGUUUGCACGUAGUUGAGAAAACCGAACAUGUCUCAUCCAUCAGCUUUACAUAUCUAUCUCUCUCUCUCACUUCUACGCGCCGAUCUAUCGCGCGCGUUCGAUCGGCGGGCAACCACACACCAACCACACACCAACCUUCUUUCUCCCCCCCCCCCCUUCCUAUGGUACAAAGUCUCGAUCAUCAAAAUCUUGCUGAUCGUUUCCAAAGAACACGUCAUGGUAACGCGAAGUGUGUAGCGACAAGGGCGAAACAGACAAGAGGGGUGACGAACGUCGAAGUGAUUUUGUCAAUUGUCGUUUUUAGACGGAUAAUAAACAGCAUCAGCGAAACUGGCUGACUAACUUUAUUCGACAAGUGCGCCUUUUUUUUACAAUCGCUUCGAAUACCAAAUUCACGAUCGCAGCUACCUUCUUAUCGAACGGAAUAAUAAUAUAAUAAUAUAGAAACAUGGCAUUCCGUGAAUUAGUGGAAGGAGACUGUGGUGGUCCCAGUUCCCUUGUGCGUCUUGCAUCGCACUAUGUACAAGAUCAUGGUUUUAAGGAAGAAGGAAUUCAUCGAUCUUUCAGUUCAUCCGAAACUUUUCAAACUCCAAAUGCAGAUCAAUUAGUCCAACAGUUCUUAGAAGAACCAGCCUGCCCACAAACAUUUCGAAUGGACAAUUUAUUGGAGGAAAUGAGAAAGAUCGAUCAAAAUAUUCCUUCAAAAACUGGAUCUGAAUUUAUGAAAGAAAUAAAAAAUGAUAUGGACAAGACUUGGAAAAAUUCACUUACAUCUUCCAAGCAUCUAGAGACUCUUAAUGUGUAUGAUAUAUGGAAUUCAUCUGUAUUGCCUCAAGAAAAGAAUACAUAUGUCGACGUGAUUCAUGAACUUGGUUCAUUUGAUUUCGAUCCAAAAUGGGCGGAAGAUUUUCUAGAAUAUAAAACAGAUGCCACACAGGGAAAUAAAAAUAAUAUUGCUCAAACCACAGAAGAUGGAAAAUUACUCACUCAAGAGGAAAAUACAUAUGUUAAUAGGAUUCAUGAAUUUGGUUUAGAUCCAAAAUGGGCGGAAGAUUUUCUAGAAUAUAAUACGGAUGCUGCACAGAACAACAAAAAUGACAAUGUUAAGUUAAUGGAAGAUAAAGAUCCAAAGUUUGCACAUUCAAAGUUUAUGAAAUUUAUGGAACGAGAAAGUGAUUCAGAAAGCAGUGAAACGACAAUUAAUCUAAAAGACACAAGUGAUGAAUGGAUAGAACAAUAUAUAGAUAGAAAAACAAAUAAUAAUGCAACUAGUCAUGUCACUAAUGACAACACUAUCUUGAACAAAGUAGAAGAGGAAUUGGAAGCUGCGGGUACAUGGAUAGACGAAUUUACAAAAGAAAAUCCUUCUAUAGAACAUGAUAUGGAGUCAUCGUGGAAGCGACUUCAAGAUGAAUGGAAUAAAAUCUCUGCAGAUAGUCUCUCCUCUUCGCAUCCGUGGAUAUCAGAAUUCGACACGUAUUACGAUCCAUUUAAUAAAGAAUAUGAUUUCUCUGAAACGAAUCCUAUGAAAGAUUUGCCAAAUGCAUUGGCCGAAGGCAAGAGACGAUUAGAAGCAGGAGAUUUACCAAGUGCUGUACUCUGUUUUGAAGCUGCUGUCCAGCAGGAUGAAAAUAAUGUUGAAGCCUGGCUACUCCUUGGCAAAACGCAGGCUGAGAAUGAGCAAGAUCCUUUGGCAAUUUCUGCUUUAAAUCAUUGUCUCUGCUUGGAUCCAUCAAAUAGUGUUGCUCUCAUGGCGUUAGCGGCUUCUUACGCGAAUGAAUCUUAUCAAAAGCAAGCUUGUCUAACGUUAAAGGAAUGGCUAUUAAAGAAUGAGAAAUAUAAACAUCUUGCAGAUCCAGAAUCCAAUCUUAAGAAAGAUGAGCAUUCAAAUUUCGGUGUAUCUACUUUAUUAUACGAUAAAGUAUAUGAUGAAGUCAAAGAUCUAUAUAUUCAAGCUGCAAGACUGAAUCCCCGAGAUGAAAUUGAUGCGGACGUACAAUGCGGAUUAGGUAUAUUGUUUAAUUUGUCGAGUGAUUACAACAAAGCUGUAGAUUGUUUCCAAACUGCGCUGCAAGUGCGUCCUGACGACUCCAGACUGUGGAACAGAUUGGGUGCCACUUUAGCUAAUGGCCAACGAUCGGCGGAAGCUGUAAAUGCGUAUCAUCGUGCCUUAGAAUUAUCGCCUGGGUUUAUUCGAGCACGUUAUAAUCUCGGCAUAUCUUGCGUUAAUCUCGGGGCAUAUAAAGAAGCAGGAGAACACCUUUUGACAGCUUUGAAUCAACAAGCUGCAGGAAGAGGUCCACAAGCUAGUAACGUACCUCCUAAAGCAAUGUCAAAUACAAUAUGGUCCACAUUAAGAUUAGUUAUAUCGUUAAUGCAUAAAUACGAGUUGAUGGAAGCUAUAGAAAACAGAGAUUUGCCAAGGCUAAAUAAAGAAUUCGAAAUAAUGUAAAUGGACAUAAAUGGACAUAAAUGUAUUCAAGAAUUUACACAAUGAUUCAUUUAUGUGAAUCUUACAGGUAUACAUUCAGAAUUAUAUAGGUAAUAGAAUUUUUUUCAAUAUAUUUUGGUAUUUAGCGAAAUUCUAGAACAUUUUAGACAAAAAUUUUAGACUAAAUACAAAAAUGUAUAUAUAGAUGACAUUUAAAAUAUUGAAUUAAAAUGCACUUUUAUGUAUUCUUUAACUUUUUCCUGUAUAUGUAAGAAAUAUAAAAUUGAUGCAGACAGC